GUGAUGCCUCUAUCCCUCUCUACCUGUCUCGCUUUCUCUCUCUUUCUCGCUGCUCCAGAGUAUUCGCGGAGCCAGCCCCACCCCACCAACGAGUCGUGGUGUUUUCCCUUGCAACUUCACGACGCAAUUCGUCGUCCAGGAUAGGGAAAAAACUCUGCGAGGUUGGAGUUUGAGGCAGGGCAUUUUGGGUGUUGGAGCUUCGGUGGUAGGACAUUGUGCUGGUUGCAAUGCAGGCUCUGGGAGUCAGAGCUGCGAGCAGCAGAGGGGGGCUUGCGUGGGGGGACAGUGUUCUAGGUGGAGGCACGGAGUUUCGCAGCUCUGGAGAUGGCAAUGGUGCUCUGCUUGCGGGAAAGUUGCGUAAGAAGGUUAGAAAUGCGACGUGCGUCACUAGCUACAGUGCUCCUCGGGCUGUAUUGAAGGAGGCAGGUGUAUUGACGAGGGAACGGGAUAGCUUCCGAACGCAAUCCAGUGUAACCACGGAGCCACCAGGGAGGAAUUUUCUUUCCGCUGAGCAGAAGGUUUUCGAGGUUGUGCAGAAGCAGGCUGCCAUGGUUGACGAGCAGCAGAGACGAAGUGGUAUUUUGUUGCAAGACGUUCGGCCUGACCUGAAUGCUGGCACUGCUGCGGAGUUGUUAGACGAGGCAUACGUUCGCUGCGGCGAGGUGUGUGCUGAGUAUGCGAAGACCUUCUACUUGGGAACAAAGCUCAUGACUCCGGAGAGGCAACGUGCCAUAUGGGCUAUAUAUGUAUGGUGCAGGAGGACGGAUGAACUUGUGGAUGGCCCUAAUGCAUCUCGCAUCACCCCCACUGCCCUUGACCGCUGGGAAGAUAGGUUGGAGGAUAUUUUUCGGGGUCAGCCUUACGAUAUGCUGGAUGCCGCACUUGCUGACACGGUUACGAAGUUUCCUGUUGAUAUACAGCCCUUCCGAGAUAUGAUUGAUGGGAUGAGGAUGGAUUUGGUGAAAUCGCGGUAUGCCAACUUUGACGAACUCUACCUUUACUGUUAUAACGUGGCCGGCACUGUGGGUCUGAUGAGUGUACCUGUUAUGGGCAUCGCGCCCGAAUCUAAAGCCACAACUGAGAGUAUUUAUAGUAAUGCUUUGGCGUUGGGUAUCGCCAACCAGCUCACUAACAUCCUGAGGGAUGUUGGAGAAGAUGCACGCCGUGGCAGAGUAUACCUCCCACAGGAUGAACUGGCACGUUUCGGUCUGUCGGAUGCAGACAUUUUUGUCGGAAAAGUUACUGAUAAAUGGAGGGCAUUCAUGAAAGACCAAAUUAAAAGAGCUAGAGUGUUCUUUGUGGAGGCUGAGAAAGGUGUACGUGAGCUGGACAAAGACAGUCGCUGGCCUGUGUGGUCCGCCCUCAUUCUUUACCAGCAAAUUCUGGACGCCAUUGAAGCCAACGAUUACGAUAACUUCACAAAAAGAGCUUACGUAGGAAAGUGGAAAAAGCUGGCUUCUCUACCUAUCGCUUAUGGCAGAGCGUUGGUUCCACCUCCAGAUGCACUUCCCAGGUUAGCACGUUAAGUUCUAACUUCUGAUGUACCAUGGGUAUCGCUGGUCAACGAAUUCCACCAGAAUCUGUUUCGCUGUCACAGGGAAUCCUGAAAGAGCUGCAUUUGCAUCCCUGUCUUUUGACGAAACUCCUAGAGCCGGAAGAGGCAAAAAUUGUAGAUGUAGUGGAGUUGACAAGUCUUUUGUACCGUCCGUACUUCUGUACUUGGAACCAUUUAUGUGAGCCGGUUGUUUAUAUAGCUGUGUAUAGCUGAGCAGUCUUUGCUAUCUACUAAAUAAAAUUCUUCCUUCUCUUCUUGGAAAAACUACACUUCACGAAUUAAGAUAUCUAGUCGUCAGAUAACGCUUCCGUGAAGCAUGGUGUGCAAGUAUACUAGAACUAUUAUGGGUAAGACUUGGACUAUUUAUGCAAGAUUAUCACCGAAUACCUCAAGUGUGUGGCACUUCAA